AUGUCAACAGUUAUAUUAUCGAUUAAUGCGGGUAGUUCUUCAUUGAAGACGACCUUGUACGCUUACGGAAAGGAGAAACAGCUCAAAAGCUUAGCCAAAGCCGAGGUCUCCAGUAUCAAUUCGCAACCAGCGCAGCUCAAGUAUACAUCUUCAGCAACACAAGACAAACAGGAUGUGGACAACAUCAAAGAUCACAAAACCGCUUUCGAGCGUGUGCUGAAUGCUUUUCUUAAUGACGGUAGUCUGAAAGAAGUACAGAGCAAGGAUGAUAUCAGAUAUGCCUGCCAUCGUGUGGUGCAAGGUGGUGACUUUCAUGAAGAUCAGCUAAUUACGAAGGAGACGUUCGACAAGAUUGAAGCUCUGGAAGACCUGGCUCCCUUGCACAACAAAUCUGCAGUCGACCUAAUGCUAGCAUGCCACGAACAUCUACCUAAUGUAACGAACGUCGCAUGCUUCGAUUCAGCCUUCCAUCAUACGAUGCCAGAGCAUGUGAAAUCAUAUAUGAUCGAUCAGAAGGUUGCCAAAGAGAAGGGACUUCGAAAAUAUGGUUUCCAUGGCCUCUCGUAUUCCUACAUCCUAAGAACGGUCGCAGGACAUCUCGGCAAGCCCAAGGAGGACACCAGUAUAAUCGCGCUACAUCUAGGAAGUGGUGCAUCAGCAUGCGCGAUAAGAAAAGGCAAGAGCAUAGAUACUACAAUGGGUCUCACGCCUGUAUCAGGUUUGCCAGGAGGAACAAGAAGUGGUGAUGUCGAUCCUGCCCUUAUCUUUCACUAUACCUCAGAGGCUAGUAAAUUGAGUCCGAGUUCGACCAAAGACUUACAUAUCAGUACCGCUGAAGAGAUUCUCAACAAAAAGUCGGGCUGGAAAGCUGUGGCGGGCACCAGCAAUUUUGCAGAAAUAGCGAAGUCGGAUGCAUCGCAGGAGAGCCAGCUUGCUCUCGAUAUCUUCAUUGACCGAAUUAUUGGUUUCGUUGGCAAUUACUAUGUCAAGCUGGGAGGAGAUGUAGAUGCUAUCGUCUUUGCUGGUGGGAUAGGUGAAAAGAGCGCAAUGCUCAGAAAAAUGGUGAUCGAGAAAGUGUCUUGUCUGGGAUUCACUGUUAACGAUCAGAAGAAUGAGCACCUCGAGGAGGGCACCAUUGUCACGAUCGGAGAGCACAACACAAAAAAGACGCUGGUCUGUCAGACAGACGAGGAUUACGAAAUGGCCUAUAAUACCAUGAUGCAUCCAAAAUAG